GCUCUGUUGUGAGGUGCCCUAUGGAGAGGUUCAUGGUCUAAGGGAGGCCUCUAGCUGACAGCCAGUAAGGAACUGAGGCUCUUGGCUCACCAGCCUGUGAGAAGCUGAAUGCUGACAAUAAUAGAUACUGGUAAGAGCACUUCAAAGACAUGAAUGGGAUUAAUUCAGGGCUGUUGCUCCUGACAUAUAAGCCAGUCUACCUACUGUUGAAUGACAUGCAAAAAAGAAAUCGGAAGCUACUGACGGAGAUGCUUUCUUUGCUGCUGCACAUGAAUGGAGAUACCCAGCCCCAGGAGUCUCUGGUAGCCAUCUUGCAACCACGAGGGCAGAGCUUUGAAGAAAGACGACACCACCUUUGAUGAGAUAUGUGUCGCAAAGAUGUCUACACGGAAUUGCCCGGGAAUGGACUCGGUGAUCAAACCCCUGGACACAAUUCCUGAGGAUAAAAAAGUCAGGGUUCAGAGGACACAGAGCACUUUUGACCCCUUUGAGAAACCAGCUAACCAAGUAAAGAGGGUGCAUUCUGAGAACAAUGCUUGCAUUAACUUCAAGACCUCCUCCACUGGCAAAGAGUCUCCUAAAGUUCGGCGGCACUCCAGCCCCAGCUCGCCAACAAGUCCCAAAUUUGGAAAAGCUGACUCAUAUGAAAAACUGGAAAAACUAGGGGAAGGAUCUUAUGCUACAGUAUACAAAGGGAAAAGCAAAGUAAAUGGGAAGUUGGUGGCCCUGAAGGUGAUCAGGCUGCAAGAAGAAGAAGGUACACCUUUUACAGCUAUCAGGGAAGCUUCUCUAUUAAAAGGACUAAAACAUGCUAACAUAGUGCUGCUUCAUGACAUCAUCCACACCAAGGAGACGCUAACACUUGUGUUUGAAUAUGUGCACACUGAUUUAUGUCAGUACAUGGACAAACACCCUGGGGGACUGCAUCCAGAUAAUGUGAAGUUGUUUUUAUUUCAGUUGCUGCGAGGGCUGUCUUACAUCCACCAGCGUUAUAUUUUGCACAGAGACCUGAAACCACAGAACCUUCUGAUCAGUGACACGGGGGAGUUAAAGCUGGCAGAUUUCGGUCUUGCAAGAGCAAAAUCCGUCCCGAGCCACACAUACUCCAAUGAAGUGGUUACCCUCUGGUACAGACCUCCAGAUGUCCUCCUGGGCUCGACAGAAUAUUCCACCUGCCUUGACAUGUGGGGAGUCGGCUGUAUCUUUGUUGAAAUGAUCCAAGGAGUUGCUGCUUUUCCAGGAAUGAAAGACAUUCAGGAUCAACUUGAACGAAUAUUUCUGGUUCUUGGAACGCCAAAUGAGGACACGUGGCCUGGAGUUCAUUCUUUACCACAUUUUAAGCCAGAACGCUUUACCCUGUACAGCUCUAAAAACCUUAGACAAGCAUGGAAUAAGCUCAGCUAUGUGAACCAUGCAGAGGAUCUGGCCUCCAAGCUCCUACAAUGUUCCCCAAAGAACAGACUAUCAGCACAGGCAGCCUUGAGCCAUGAAUAUUUUAGUGACCUGCCCCCACGGCUAUGGGAGCUGACCGAUAUGUCUUCUAUUUUUACCGUCCCAAAUGUAAGAUUGCAACCAGAAGCUGGAGAAAGCAUGCGGGCCUUUGGGAAGAACAAUAGCUAUGGCAAAAGUCUGUCGAAUAGCAAGCACUGAUGCGCACUGCGUUCUCAAGAGAGCACAGGAUGAAGUUGUCAUCAUUCUGGGAAGAAUAAAAACAUUAAUGAAGUGGCCGAUAAUGUGAAGGGAACCAUGGAUCAGUUUCCUUUCACUCCCUGUGGUGGAUUUCACUUGCAAGAAAAUUGAAGCUGGCAAGACCCUGUUUUCUCUGCAGUUUAUUUAAAACCUUGCACGCAUUUGGAUAUCUUGUGAUUUCCAAGAACUAUGUGAAGAUUAAGUUUUGCUUACUGAUACAUGGCAUGUAUUCUCUUCAGUCUUUUGUAUUUGAUUUUGUUUGAUUUCCCUCUGCACCGCAGCGUCUUUGUAAAGGUUUUUAUGCUUUCACCAGCCAUGUCUUAAAUACAUUAAGACAACACAUUCGGUGUUCACACUUCUUCAGUAAUGUCUGUACUUGAAAGCCACACAGUGGCAUGAAACACUGUGUGUUUUCUUUGAGAGCAGUGCACAUUUUGCAACCACCAGGAAGGAAAAUUAGAGCUAAAGCAAAUCCGUGUUCUCCGACUGACUUGACAACUUGGUCCCUGGCCGUGGGGCCCCAGUUGUCUCUUACCUUUUGAGGACAUUUGCAAAUGUGUGUGUUUUUUUCCUUGGAAAUAACUGCACGUUUAUAUAGGAUAUCGGAAUCUGCGUAGCAUUUUCAAGUCACAUAGCGUGACUGUUCUCCGAGCAGGUUGGAAGUGAAGAAACCAGUAUCAAGAUGAAGAACAAAGACAGGGAUAAAUUGCUUACUUUUGACCUCUGAAAAGUGAGGUGACUUUUUACAUGUUUUCUGGGUCUUGUCAACAUCUUAUUUUUUCCAUCCACUUUGUUAUGCUUUGUGAGUAUUUUCUAAAUGGAGAGAAGAGUGAGGAGCAGAAUGUUUAAGGUGUGGGUAUAAGAAUUAUCUCUGCUAGGUGAGCCCUGAAAGCUGUCUUUACUAGUUCACAUUUAAAAAGAAAAUUACAGAGUUAUCCAGAGUUUAAAAUUUGCUCAUUUACGCCAAAGCACUUUUGAAUUACAUUUUUUAAAACAAACAUUCCAAGCUGAUUGGAAGGCACCCUAAUUUUAGACAGUCUCCUGGAAUAACUAACUGUUUGAUGCAGGUUUUAGAAACCAGGCAGGAGUCUUGCUUUAAAGAUGGAAAAGGGAAAAAAAGGAAGGUCCAGCUUCCCUUCUUUAAUAAGUUGAGAGACCUUGUAGGAGGAAGGCGAGUAUGUGACAUGGAGGGAAAAGGGGACCGGGCAUGCGCGUGCUUUCAUCGAGGGGAGAGCUUCCGGACGCAGGUCUGCUCCCAGUGGGGCGGCCUCGCUGCAGAACCCCAAUAAUACUGAGGCCAAGGGGGCAGCUAGGAAACCUAGCUCCUCAGGACACCAAUUCCUACCGAAAUACCUUCAUGUACAUUGUUUUACAUUUCCUAUUAGAAGGAGAGACUAAGAGCUUGAAACACAUCGCACUUUGGAGGAUCAAGAAUAUGAAUUAUGAGCCAGUUUGACAAAGACUUUCUCUGAGAGUCAGGUGAAGGCAAACCUAUUCUAUAGUCAAAGCCAGGAAACCUAGAAAAUUGGACCUAGAAUUCUUAAACAUCAAAACGGUACUUUCCCUGGAGUAGGGAGGGUGUGAGUGUAGAUGUCAAGGUCACAACCAUCUUGUCCAAAGUAGCAUUCAUUGUAAGCUUCUACGUGCUAAGUGAGGACUUAUUCACUGAUUGAUUUUUAAAGAGAGGAAAAAUUACCCAAGGCCAGAAUGUUUACUGUUUGCUACCUAGAAAUCUUUCCCAUGCUUCUUUCUUACAUUCCAACCCUUUGGAAGUUUUUAUAGAGGUAUUUUGCUUUAAUGUGUAUUUACAUUAGAAUUUCUUAAAGUAAAUGUGGAGAGAAAAUUUACAUGCAAUCGAAAAUAGCCUUUCCCGCUAUUUGUUUUGAAUUACUCAUUUGGGGGAGAGGCAUAACUUUUGUAUUUUAUGAAAUUUAAACUGUUGACUAAGUCUUGCUAUGUAAUAGGCUUUUGAACUUGAAAAUUUGAAAAUGUUUAAUGUUUAAAGACUUUGAUUAAAAAUGUUAGAGUUAUUCAGAGAUAUAUGCCCAUCCCUGGCAGCUUCUCUUGGGAAAUUAAAUGUAGUAUUUCUCAGUGGAGGGAAAAUCUGUUUUAUUACAGAGACAUAUGUCUCAGAAGGGUCUCAUUUAGGAGGUUUUGAGUUCCCCAUGCUUGCCAUCGGUACAGGACAUCCAAAGUCUGCUUUGUCUCUCUCCUUUCCUCUCCCAUUUGUAGCCACCCUCUCCUUCUUCAUUUCCCACGUCUUGCUGAGGACAGCUAUGAAAAUCGUUGCAGACUGUGUUCAUGAGCAGAUUUAUUAUUCUAUUGAGAAAGCACUGGAAUGUUUUGGUGAUACUAUUUUUAUAUGAAGGAGUAGCUUGCAUUGAAACAGCUGGAAUAGUUAGAACACGUUAGCAUGGUGAUUGUAUCAGUGUGACAUCACUGCACACACAGCAUUCUGAAAGGAAAUUUGGGACUUCCUUUCUGUUUUCUUAAAGGAACACUUUGGUUGAUUUCAAAAUACAAAAUACAUAGGACAUGAAAAAAAAUUUGCAGUGCUCAGAAAAAACAAAACAAAACAAAAAACAGGGGGCAUAAGGCAGGGGUGGCUGUCCAUCCACUGACCCAAGGAUGAGAAGCUAUUUCUACCUCCCAAGAGUGAUAAGAAAAGUUUCCAGAGCCUCCAGGCUUGCAGAGAAAGCCAAAAUCUCUUGGUAUCCUUCCCUCAAUGUGUACAUGAUAGCCAGUGUAAUCAUACCCUAGGUAAUGCGUCUCUACAAGAUAAUCAUCUGUGAAUAUUACUGGUUUUGUAAUCUUUGGUAUAUAAGAGGAUGUUUAGGCUGUACAUACUGGGGUAGAUUAUUGCCUGCCCCCCUUAUACAUAGGAAUAUGCUGCAAAAUCGCAUAUAAUACCCAUCUCUCUUACCGGCUUGUAGGCAGAGGAAACUGUAUAUGUUACUGCCUUGCAAUUUUCUCAUACACCAAAAACCAAACCAAACCAAACUCAAGUAAAAUAAGCAAUCUCCUAUUCUCAGUCCCUUCCCACUGCAGCAUAUUUUAGAGGCACAUACAAAAUCUACAUUCUCUAGUUGGGAGUGGAUUUUUAAAUUUUUUUAAUCUUUUUUUUUGUAUGAUACACUGAGAUGCAUACUUUCUAACAGGGAGUUGGUACCUAAGAAAUGUGCUAGCAUUCAGAAAACUAUUAUACUGCAAAAUGACACAUAGUAAGGAGAAUGGAAUAAUACAUGUUGCAUAUUUGUUACCAAUUGUGAUUUGUCUGUAUUAUGGAAGACGUAAUGGUUUGUCAGCUGUCACUGUUGUUUUCUUGUAACAUGAUAUGGAAUAAAGUAUAGCAGAAUCUCUA